AUGAAGAGUCAAAAGGUCAAUUUUGAUGAAGCACGGCGGAUAUACACUGAGCAACGAUUUGCAAACAAUAACAUCGGACCUGACGGCCAGCCAAGGGACCCCAAAUUUAUCUCUUUUUCGUGA